UUCCUAUCCAGAUUAAAUAUCGGUCAACAGAAAAUCUACAAAUAUAUGAUCCCAGAAUGAAUCACGAGAGUGGUCCCAAGACGUUAAAUCAUUAUUUACGUGAUUUCGAUAAGUUAUUAUCCCACAUAAUCUUCGAUGAAAAUGAGAAUUCUUUUAGAAUACGCUAUGGAAUUUUCAUUGUCAAUGACAAAGUUCAUAUCCCUGAAUGGUAUCCUAGUACCACGAAUAUUGUUAUGGGUAAACAAACCCAAUUCUAUGGUAGUGAAGAAACCAUACUUAACAAGAUUGACAGGGCAAUGAUAGCAGCACAUACAGAUACCGUUGAAACUAUUUUUAAAAAUUUAAGUAACGAAACCUGGAGUCAGAUAGAAAAGGAUCAAGAUAUGAAAGUGAACUGUAUAAAUGCAAACAUCUAUAUUACUUCAAUGAUAAUGAGU